AGCUGCCCGCAGGCGUCGGGGGCGAUUUCCUCUUCCCAGCGGGGGGAAGGGGGGGCGUCUCUUCCCUUCCUAGAGCCAGAAGGGGAGCAGGGCCGCGGAGACAGGACUGAUCGCGCCGCGCCCGGCCAGGGUGGGACAGCUCCCAACCCCCCUCCCACGACCCCCAUAGACCCCCCCACGUGCGGGGAGGGUGCGGGACAGCCUCCCCCCCCAUACACGUGCGGGGGAGCCUCUAACCCCCCAUACACCCCCGAUCGCCCCCACGUGCGGGGAGGGUGCAGAGGAGGCUGUUUGCUCGCCGCGGUCUCGGAGGAUGAAGAGGCUGAGCGAGGAGAGCUGGUCGGGCUCCGAGUCGGACGGGACCAUAGACGUGGGCAAAGAGGAGGAAUACAGCCAAGUAUCCAGGGCUGUUUCUCCCACCACCACAUCUCAGAUACAAGCCAGGAAGAAGCGGAGAGGGAUCAUUGAGAAGCGGCGCCGUGACCGUAUUAACAGCAGCCUGUCUGAACUGAGGCGUUUAGUCCCUACUGCCUUUGAGAAACAGGGCUCCUCCAAGCUGGAGAAGGCAGAGAUCCUGCAAAUGACAGUGGACCAUUUAAAAAUGCUUCAUGCCACUGGAGGAACAGGGUUCUUAGAUGCCCGAUCCCUGGCUGUGGAUUACAGGAGUAUCGGCUUCCAUGAAUGCCUCACUGAAGUUGUCAGAUACCUUGGUAUCCUCGAGGGACAAAACGGUGCUGAUCCUAUCCGGCUACGACUCCUCUCCCACCUGAAUAAUUAUGUUGCCGAAAUGGAGCCUUCGCCCAUGGCCACUUCCCUUCUGCCCUUUCAGAUGUGGCCCUGGUCAUUCCUCCACAAUUCCACAGCCCCCGCCAACCAAGUACUAAUACCCAGGAGGGAGGCUGUCCCGGGUCUAGCUGUCUUGACUGCUUCCCCCCUGGCUUAUCCAAGCACCACCAUGAGAAGAGCUCCCGUUCGCCGACUUCCUAGUGCCAUCAUGCCAGCUCGCCGAAACUUCCUUUCCAAUCGGAUGGCCUCUUCGUCCCGGAGGGCUAAACCCACAGUGACAUCAGCAACCCCAGGUGCCAUGUCCAGUGUGCCAUCACCGAGGGGUGCCCUGAGAGACACCACCUCUAGAAGCAGCCAGAUUGCAACUUUCCUGCUCUCCUCCGCCUCUGCUGGAGUUCCCGUACCACCUGCUUCUUACACAGCCCCUCCUGCUUUGAAUGCUUCUCCUCAGGGGCCAGGCACCAGAGGUGGGACUUCCAGACUCUGCCGCUCCUGGGCUACUGAAAUUGGGGCUUUCUGAUCCCUCCCUGACAAAAUCCUAAGGGAGACAAAAAUCAUCAGCAGCCACUGCUCAAAAAGCACGCUCCGGUGAACAGCUUCUUUCCUGCUUUGCAGAAAUAAAGGAUCGAUAAAGGAUCCUCUCCUCACCUUGCCAUCCCUUCUUAUUCCUCACGUCCUCUUCCCUCCCUCCCCAUCACACUGUCCCCCUCUUUUCCAUGUCAGGUUUGCAGAUUUUGUUUUGAAUUGAAUGUAUUUGUCUGUCUACAGCUCCACUAAAGGUUGUGGAUGAGGUUUAUCCUAAUUCAGACCUUUCCCUUCCACAACUCAGGUCCUGGUAGAGCUGAAUGUUGCAGUUUGGAGAAUGUAAACCAGCCUUUGACUUUGCUGGAGACACAGAGCUCCCAAGCAGUGACACUUUCUAUCACUUGUAUGCAGUGUUGUCGUAGCCAUGUAGGUCCCAGGAUGUUAGCAAGACAAGAUGGGGGAGGGAAUAUGUUUUAUUGGACCAAUUUCUGUUGGUGCCCAAGAAAGUUUUCCAGCUUAUACAGAGCUCUUCUUCAGGCCAGUCCUGAAGAAGAAUUCUGUGUCAGCUCGAAAGCUUGUCUCUCUCACCAACAGAAGUUGGUCCAAUAAAACAUAUUCCCUCCCACACCUUGACUUUCGAACACUGACUUCCUCCCAGCUUCAGCAUGUUGUUUGACAUGGUCUAAGUGAGGUGAGACGUGCUGGCGAGUAAUGAGACAACCCACCACACGCACACAAACUGUCCUUUAAUAACUGAACCCAACCCCCAUCAGGCUUGCUGUGAAUAGUCAGGACAGUUGGGAGGUUCCUCUCCGUUGGCCAAUCCCAUUCUCUCGACCUCUAAAAAUGGAGAGCUUGACAUUAUGCAUAACAGGCUCAUUCAAAACACAUAACCCUGAGGGACGAGUUGGAGGAAAACGUAACAGUUCCCGAUCGCCCUCUGAACUGAAACACACUGUGAUACCCAGUACGCAUUCCUGCACAGAGAAUUAUCUCAGCACAAGACUUCCUGUACUUAAGACCCCAAUACUAUGUGCAGUCCACAUUUUCAUUUCCCGUGGCUCGGUCUUUACCUAAAACCAGGACCUUCCCAAGUGUCACCAGUGUACUUAAUUCAUGGAAACAUUUGCCUGAUCCUGUGCUUAGAUCAAUGCUGUUAUCAGAAUGUUUUCAGGAGGGAAUAUCAGACAUUACUCUGCAAAACUCCUUUGCCAGCUGCUGUUUGGGAUUCCCUAUGUGGAUAAUUCAGAUGUCUGUGAGAGAGACAGACCUUGCUCAUCCAGUGAAGCAUUACAGAGUAAGGGAGCAGGUUUCCAAAGUGAUAACUGUCAUGGAGGGGGGAGGGCUUGGCAGCUGAAAUAUGAGGGAGAAGGAUGCCCUUCCUUCUUUCUUCCCCUCUUCAGCCAUCAAUCCUCCCUUCCCAUAUGAAAAUUCAUUACCAUAAAGGGAGGAGUGGAAGAAAGCAUUCUUUACCCCAAGCUCCUCCUUUGUUUUUGCCAACUUCCAGACCCUUAAUUAAAAUUUCUAGCCUGUUCCCCCAGGCCCAGUUCUGCUCUUUUUCUUUAUUGCCAUGUUCUCUGCAUGGACUGGAGCCCAAACCCGUUGAAGUCAAUGGCAGUCUUUCCACUGACUUCACGGGCUUUUGACCAGCCCCUAUAAUGUCCUCUCUCUCUUGAAAACUUUCUCUGCCUUUGUCUUCUCUCUAUGUGUAAAUGCCAAGGAUGACGAUUAUUCUUUGUCCUCUGCUCACUCCGUACCUCUGAGUCUCCUCUCAAUCCCUACCUCUCUAGGGCAGUGAGGAACAGCUAUUUGGCAUUCUCAAGCUCUGCUCCUGUCUCACCUCUUCUUAGCUCUGGUGGUUUUGAAACAGUGUGACCCAGUGACUAGGGGAGUAAACUUAAACCCAUGAGUUCUGUUCCCAGCUCUGCUAUAUGACCUUUGGCAAGUCACUUCACUUUACCUCAGUUUCCCCAUCGGUAAAAUAGGAACAGAUGAAAAGAUCUAUAUAAGAGCUAAGUAGUAGUAUUAUUCUGUUCCUGCUGCCAUCAGCUGAGAAGCGGCAGAAGUAAGAGAGGUUUCAGAGUAGCAGCCGUGUUAGUCUGUAUCCGCAAAAAGAACAGGAGUACUUGUGGCACCUUAGUUUGUUAGUCUCUAAGGUGCCACAAGUACUCCUGUUCUUUUUAGUAGUAAGAGAGUGCUCAGAAGUUGCCCGAAUGGGCAGUUGGUGUGAGCUGGUGACCAGAUGGCCAUGGAGUCUAUGAGAACCAAGACCUGUUUCCACAGAAGGGGUUGGGAGACUAGAACCGUUCCUCCCAACCAAGACAUCUGGCCAUCCUAGGCCACAGGCUGUCCACUGCCCCAAUGCACUUCUCUUGGCAUUAUUAUUUUAUAUAACAUAAGAAGGCAGUAUACCUCCACUCAAAUCAAAGCAAGACCCCCUCUUCCCUGAAACUGUUCUUUUAUUUUUUUGGAUAUAUCAAGCUGGCAUUGGUCCAGUUGAAUACCCUCUAAGCGCAUCAAUGUGACCCUUGCCUGAGCCAGCGGUGCCGUGCCAUGAAGGGUAAAACACAGAAAGGAACAAAGGGGGAACAGUGAGUAGUGUCUUUUUAAUGUAACAGACCCUCCCCAUCCCAGACGUCAAGCAAGUGGCCAGUUGUGUAUUGAGCUGGUGGUUCAGCAGCGGCAUUGAUACAGGUGUGUAUCUGACAUACGUAUGUUAAAUGUAUAUGGGUCAGACAGACUUGUUUUGGAAGUGAGUCCCUCCCGAUUGCUCUCAAUAACAUAAAUGCUCCCGGCCCCUGCUACUUGUCCUCACUCAUUUCCUGAGGUGGUAGAGUCAAUCAGGGAUGAAAUAUUCCUGUUCGGAGAAGUUCCCCAGGGACUGGUUGUUCCUGGAGCUAGUCUGUGCAUUAGCGCUCUCAGCGAGCCGCCUCGCCUCACUUUGCACUGCGCAGAGCUGUUAACUUUGUGAGCUGUCAGACAUCCAGCAAAAGGUGUCAAAUAAAGUCUUCCAAACCCA